AUGAAGCUGUUAUGGAUAAACUCAUUCUGCAUCUUCCAAGACUCCAAAGAAGAUUGGGCACAAGAGGCUGGUCUCAUGAGCCAGGUGUAUCGCAACAGCUUCCUCAACAUUGCUGCCAGUAUAGCCGUCGAUAGCGAUGCCGGCUUCUUCCGCGAAAGAGCUUCGACUGUUGAACCUUACGUCGUUCAGACUACAUGGACGGACCACUCGAACGGCACCUACUACUUUUACAACGAUGCCUAUUGGUAUGAGAAUUUUGAACCCUCUACGUAUAUCCACGGACAAGAGCGCUACGCUGAACAUGAGUUCGUUCCGGACUCUAUGGAGAAAGGUUACAGCGGAAUAUAG